CCGCUGCAGCCAUUGUCCGGCCCUGGUGCGGCUGAGGCCGCUCUGGGCAAGCCCAUCCGCAGAACAGAAUUGGAGAGAACCGAGCCUGCUGCAGGCCUCGGGAGGAACCGGCCAGCGGCUCAGGGUGGCCUGAGGUUGCACGACUCGGAGGCCCCCGGAGGCGCUCCGGUCGGGCAGCGGGCCCUAGCGAGGCAGGAAUGGCCCCGAGGCCGCCGACGGCCGCGCCCCAGGCGUUUUCACAGGGAGCUGGAUUAGAAGUAGAGCAGCCAGGACUCCAGUUGGCACUCAUACGGGAUGCCUGCAUCACAGCAGCGGCUUAACCUGCCACUACGCCACAACAUAGGCCACAGGCAGAGAGACACACAGAGAACGUAUUCACUUAUCUGUCCCCAAAUACCCAGAGAGGAAGGAUGCCAAAGUUGGAAACCAACUACUUGAGCCUUCACCACUGCCUCCCAGGAAGCUGUAGUCAAGAGCUGGAGUUGAGGAUUGAACCCAGGAAUCAGUAACAUUCAGAGAUGUGGCCGUGGACUUCACCAGGGAGGAAUGGCACCACGUGGACUCUGCGCAGAGAACGUUGUACAAGGAUGUGAUGCUGGAGAACUAUAGCCACCUGGUAGCUCUUGGAUAUCAAGUUUCCAAGCCAGAGGUGAUCUUCAAGUUGGAACAAGGAGAAGAGCCGUGGAUAUCAGAGGGAGAAAUCCAGAGAACCUUCUGUGCAGACUGGAAGACCAGGAGUGAAGCCAAAUCAUCAAGUCUUCAUAAGGGCAUAGCUGAAGUGUCCCGUAGCACAGAAGGUCUCUCCGGUGCCACUUUAGAAGACACCUGUGAUGUUAGUAGCCAGUUAGAAAGGCACCAGGAAAACUGGAAGAGACAUCUGGGGCCAGAGGCAUCUGCCCAGAAGAAAAUAAUCACACCAGAGAAAAGUUUUGAGCAAAAUAAAUUCAGUGAAGAUUCUAGGUUGAAUAAAGACCUGCUUACACAACUAAACAUUCCUUCAAGAAUAAGGCCUAGUGAAUGUGAGACGCUUGGAAACAAUUUGGGACAUAAUUCAGACUUACUUAAUCAAAACAAUGCCCUUGCAAAGAAGAAACCAUAUAAGUGUAAUAAAUGUAGGAAAGCCUUUAUUCAUCGAUCAUCACUUACCAAACAUGAGAAAACACAUAAAGGAGAGGGUGCUUACCCUACUGGUACAGAUCAGGGAAUUUAUCCUGGAAAGAAACAUCAUGAGUGUACUGACUGUGGGAAAACCUUCCUGUGGAAGACACAACUGACGGAGCAUCAGAGAAUUCACACUGGGGAGAAACCCUUUGAAUGCAAUGUGUGUGGAAAGGCCUUCAGGCACAGCUCAUCCCUUGGGCAGCAUGAGAAUGCUCAUACUGGAGAGAAACCCUACCAGUGUAGUCUCUGCGGCAAAGCCUUCCAGCGCAGUUCGUCCCUUGUUCAACACCAGAGAAUUCACACCGGUGAGAAGCCCUAUCGAUGUAAUCUGUGUGGGAGGUCCUUCAGGCAUGGCACAUCCCUCACUCAACACGAGGUCACACACAGUGGAGAGAAACCCUUCCAGUGUAAGGAAUGUGGGAAAGCCUUUAGUCGGUGUUCUUCCCUAGUCCAACACGAGAGGACUCAUACUGGAGAGAAACCUUUUGAAUGUAGCAUAUGUGGGCGGGCUUUUGGUCAGAGCCCAUCCCUUUAUAAGCAUAUGAGGAUUCAUAAGAGAGGCAAACCUUACCAAAGCAAUAGCUACAGCAUAGAUUUCAAGCACACCUCCUCUCUUACUCAGGAGGAAAGUACUGUGACUGAAGUGAAAUCCUACCAUUGUAACGACUGUGGGGAAGACUUCAGUCACAUUACAGACUUCACUGACCAUCAGAGGAUCCAUACUGGAGAGAACCCCUAUGACUGUGAGCAGGCCUUUAGUCAAACUAUUUCUCAUCCCGGAGAGAAACCCUAUCAGUGUAAUGUAUGUGGGAAGGCGUUCAAAAGGAGUACCAGUUUCAUAGAGCAUCACAGAAUUCAUACUGGAGAAAAACCGUAUGAAUGUAAUGAGUGUGGAGAAGCCUUCAGUCGACGCUCAUCGCUUACUCAGCAUGAGAGAACCCAUACUGGCGAGAAACCCUAUGAAUGUAUUGACUGCGGGAAAGCUUUCAGUCAAAGUUCAUCCCUUAUUCAGCACGAGAGAACUCAUACUGGAGAGAAACCCUAUGAAUGUAACGAAUGUGGGCGCGCCUUUCGAAAGAAAACCAACCUGCAUGAUCAUCAGCGAAUUCAUACUGGAGAAAAACCCUAUGCUUGUAAGGAAUGUGGGAAGAAUUUCAGUCGAAGCUCAGCUCUCACCAAACACCAGAGAAUUCAUGCACGAAAUAAACUCUAGGAACCCUGAAACUAAGGAAUGUGUAGAAAGCUUUAGCUAAAAUGCUGUUCUGGUUCAGGGCCACAGCAUUCUUACUGGAGAGGGUUUGAGAAUCUAAUGACUUGUGUGUGAUGAAAACUUGUAUAUUGUGUGUGGAGAAAACUGUGUGCCACUAGACAGAUGUCUUUUUAAUAAAAGCCACAUGCAUAUUUGAUUACAAGCAGCUGUAACACUGACUACAGACAGCAUUAUAGCCAGUUGAAGAUGAUAUGCCUAUAUAUUGGAUUUUAUAAAGCUUUUGAAUGUAUAUAUAUAUACAUACAUAUAUAUAUGUAUGUAUAUAUAUAUAUAUAUAUGAGAUCACCAAGUUUCAACCACUUGAUGUGUAACCCUGUUUACAGUCUUUUUUAAAAAAUAAAACUCCUCCAGUAAUGACCAAAAGUCAUUUUUAAAAAUUGCUUGACAACUACAACUCUUAAAGUAAAUCCACUGUGGAAACCAACUCCACCUGCAGAAAUUUGCCAUUCAAAGAAUUAGUUUAAGUAGCAUAACCACUUCAUUGUACAGAUAAAGAGACAAAGCCAAAGAUUUGAAGUGGUUUGCACAGUAUGGGACAGCCCAUAAGAGCUAAGUGGAUUGGAGAAUGCAGGUCUCCUGGAUCUUUGUCCCCAUGGCAUUGUGACAGAAGGGUUUUUUGGAAUUUAGAAGUCUUUAAAAUAAAUUUUUAAAUGAAUCAGAUACCCAAGCAUUUAAUAAGCACCCUUGAGUUGAGCACUUAGAAAUUCCUAAAAGCAUAAGAAGCAAGAUGUAUGCAGCUUUGCCACAGGCCUAUUUAAAUCAACUUGUUGGAAGAUUACAAACCAGAACAUCAAUGGCAGCUUUUGAUAGUUGAGCUUCUGGUGACUAUUUUUCCUUUUCCCAGUUAGAAGUUUACAUAGAGCUAACAUGUCAGUUUCAUAGAACUACUAAGUCCUCUUGUGCUUUUUAGGGCACUCCUCUGAAAACGCACUGACCUAAGCUUUAUAUAUCAGAUCAGUAGGAAAAAACUAAGAGGAGAAUGUUCCCCAAAUCAGUUUUGUUACACAGACAUAAAAAUCCAGCUACUUUUUGCCAUAUAUUAUCUGACUCCAUUUAGAGAAACAACAUGUAUUGACUCAUUUUGUGCGCAAAUAUUUCACCAUAAAAAUACUAGCUUGUUGGCAGCACUGUGAUGUGGUGGGUUAAGCCACUGCCUGCAGGACCGGCAUCCCAUGUGGGUGCUGGUUCCAGUACCAGCUGCUCCACUUCUGAUCCAGCACCAUGCUAAUGUGCCUGGGAAAGUAGCAGAAGAUGGCCCAAGUGCUUGGGCCCCUGCAUCCAAGCUCCUGGCUCCUGGCUUCAUCCUGGCCCAGUCCUGGCAUUGCAGCCAUUUGGGGAGUGAAUCAGCAGAUCAAAGACUGCCUCUCUCUGUUUCUGUAACUCCACCUUUCAAAUAAAUCUUUAAAAAAAAAAAACCAGCUUAUUUUAUUUCUAUGAUUCUUUCCUAUGAUUAAAGCAUGAUCUAGGUAAGCUUCAGUGGCCCACUCCAGUUCUUUUUAUUUUGCUUGAAAAGCACAAUUAGAGAGAUGGAGACAGAUGUUCCAUCCUCUGGUUCACUCCCUAAUGGCUGCAACGUUCAGGGCUGGGCCAAGCUGAAGCCAGGCACCUGGAACUCCACCUGGGUCUCCCACUUGGGUCGUCUUUCAUUGCUUUCCUAGGCACCUAGGCACAUUAGCAGGGAGCUGUAUCAGAAGUGAAGCAGCUGGGACUCAACUUGACCCAGAGCCCAUAUGGAAUGUCUGUCGCUGGCAGUGACUUUACACACUAUGCCGUAACACCGGCCCCACCACUCCAAUUCUCAAUGUCUCCUAAUGCCUCCCAUCGCAUAGAUAGUCUAAAUGAAUUUCUAGAAACUUUGUUGGUUCAUUGACACCAACAUUACAGGCAGACUUGGAAACAACUGUGAGUGUUAACCUGUUCACUAAAGAGGUGUUUACCCCUCUCAGAGGCAAAAUUCCUUAGACCUAAUUAUGAUUCUCAGUGAAGAGUGACAUGGGUGGUGUGCCAGGUGGCAGGAUCCAUCACCCUUCUCUUGUCCUGUAUAGCAUAAAGUGGCUCCCAAGUAUUUUCAUUCUUUGCAGAGGAAAAUGUGCAUGGGGGCUGAAAUAUGCUGUGUAGCCCUGUAUUCUAUCACUUGCAAGCCAAGAUGUUCUUUCAAGAAAUUAUCCAAAAAAACCUUGAUGAUGCUCAGUGCUUAGCACGUACAAUGCCAGGACCAUGCUUGUGUUGGCUGAUACGUGGUUUACCAGUGGGUGAGUCUACUCAGACCCUCCCCUAGGAAUCCUGACAGUGCUGCUGAUUGGGGACCUCUAAUGUGGACUAUUUGCAGGAAUGGCAUGAAUUGUAACCAAGUGGUGACCUUGUUACGGAAAUUUAUAAAAAACUUAGUUCCAGAACACCUGAAGAAUACCAGUGGUUUGUUUGUGGUGCCUGGCCUAGGUCCAGCACCACUGUGAAUCUCAGCGCACCUUCAUUGACAAGGAGGAAGCCUAGGAUGUAUGUGGCUAAUUGAACAGGACUCUCCUAAGCCCAGCGCCUCACACCAUGCACUUAGGAAUACCCAGCCUUUCAGGGCAAAGUGAAAUGCAUCCUUGUAGCAUUGUAUUCUUCCAAUAAAGGCAUCUCUGUCC